UACCCGCCUUCAGCGCGCUCUGUUCAGUGGCAACCGUCCAUUUCCUUUCUGCUGUAUUGCGGGCAGGCUAGUCGUUCCAGCUCACACAAACAUGGCCGACCAACUAACAGAAGAGCAGAUUGCUGAGUUCAAGGAGGCCUUCUCCCUGUUCGAUAAAGAUGGAGAUGGUACCAUUACCACCAAGGAGCUGGGCACAGUCAUGAGGUCGCUGGGUCAGAACCCAACUGAAGCUGAACUCCAGGACAUGAUAAAUGAGGUGGAUGCUGAUGGCAACGGGACCAUUGACUUCCCUGAGUUCCUGACAAUGAUGGCGAGGAAGAUGAAGGACACGGACAGCGAGGAGGAGAUCAGGGAGGCAUUCAGAGUCUUUGAUAAGGACGGUAACGGAUACAUCAGCGCGGCUGAGCUGCGUCACGUAAUGACAAACCUGGGGGAGAAACUGACAGAUGAAGAAGUAGACGAAAUGAUCAGAGAAGCUGACAUAGACGGAGAUGGACAAGUUAACUAUGAAGAGUUUGUUCAGAUGAUGACCGCCAAAUGAACUGAGCUCACACUGAAUCAGUCAAAUGUUUCACUUACCUCUUAUUGCAAAAAUCUACAUUUAUUCAUGCUGUUCUGUAUAGACAAUUUAAACUGAAUGUUGGAAAACUGAAAAUUUGUCCAUAUUAACAAGCUCAAAAAAGGUAAAAGACAAAAAGAAGAGAGGAAAAAAAAAGAAUUAAUCUGCAUGUUCUGGCUUGUAUCCCCUCUCCUCCCCCAUCGGUGCAGAGCUGCCCAAUCAGAUCUCAACUUGUUAGACGAGCAGCGUCUGCGCAGACGGCUGAUUUGGCCACUGCUCCUCUGGUUCCACCUGCCUGAAGUCAUGAUGUGAAUAUUUGGGCCGGUCAACAGCCUUUGAGUUUGUGUUCCGUUUAUUCCCCCCCCCCCCCACUUCCUUAUGCAUGCAACGUUAACGAGUUUUUGUUAAGAUCCCGGUGACGAAAGGCUUUCUCUUUUUUUUUUUUUCUUUUUUUUUUUUGACCGUUUUGAAGAGGGUGGCCCAGUGCGACGGCGGGAGGGAGCAAACCAGUGGGAUGUUCGCUCACCAAAACAAAGUCGGCGAUGACUGAUAUUUUUAUUAAAAACGGAAUAAAGAGCUGA